GGGGUCCUCUCGCACUGCGUGACGUCACCAAGCCUCUCGGUCCUCGGUAAGGAAAACGUGGACGACUUCACUUCACGCUGUGUUGUGGAUAUACCAUCAAAAACACUUCAACAUCAUAAAGAUCCACUGAAGUACACUGAUCUGUGAAGUUGACAAGAAUGGAGUACGUUCAAGCCCCUGCCACAAUCAGCGAGGCAAAUAUCCUGUGCUGUACCUGUGGCGUCCCCAUCCCUCCCAACCCAGCCAACAUGUGUGUGGCCUGCCUGCGCACUCAGGUGGACAUCUCAGAGGGGAUUCCCAAGCAAGUCACUGUGAACUUCUGCAAGCAGUGUGAAAGGUACUUGCAGCCUCCUGCCACCUGGAUGUCGUGUGCCCUCGAGUCCAGGGAGUUGCUCUCUCUUUGCCUGAAGAAAAUCAAGAGCUCAAUGACCAAAGUGCGUCUUAUUGAUGCUGGCUUUCUGUGGACAGAGCCACAUUCCAAAAGGAUUAAGAUGAAAGUGACUAUCCAGAAAGAGGUGAUGAACGGUGCGAUCCUACAGCAGGUGUUUGUGGUGGAGUUUGUCAUCCAGUACCAGAUGUGUGACGACUGCCAUCGUGUGGAAGCCAAGGACUUCUGGAAGGCCGUGGUUCAAGUCAGACAGAAGACCACUCAUAAAAAGACGUUCUACUAUCUGGAGCAGCUGAUCCUCAAGCACAAACUCCACCAGAAUGCCCUCAACAUCAAAGAAAUGAAUGAUGGGAUAGAUUUCUACUAUAGCACCAAGCAGCACGCUCAGAAGAUGACGGACUUCCUCCAGUGCACUGUGCCCUGCAGGUCAAAGACAUCCCAACGCCUCAUCUCUCACGAUAUCCACUCAAACACGUUCAACUACAAGAGCACCUACUCCAUGGAGAUUGUACCUGUCUGCAAGGACAACGUAAUAUGUCUUUCACCAAAGCUGGCGCAGAGCUUGGGCAACAUGGGUCAAGUGUGUGUGUGCGUCCGUGUCACCAGCACCAUCCACCUGAUUGACCCCAACACCCUGCAGAUUGCUGAGGUGGAUGGGGGCACCUUCUGGCGUAACCCCUUCAGCAGUCUCUGUAGCCCACGGCAACUGGAGGAGUUCAUCGUCAUGGACAUUGACGUCCUCAGGAACCAGAAGCUGGGAGCUGGAGCCGGCAUAAGGUCCAAUAAGCACCUGCUGGCUGAGCUGUGGGUCCAGAAAACAGCAGAGAUGGAUGGUCAGCAGUAUCACUGCCGCACAUACCUGGGCCACCUGCUGAACAUCGGAGACCUGGUGCAGGGAUAUGACUUUGUCAAUUCCAACAUCAAUGAUGAACACCUGAAUAAGAUGAAGCCUCACACCAUUCCUGAUGUGGUGCUGAUCAAGAAGUGCUACGACCGCAACAGGAGGUCGAAGCGCAGGAACUGGAAACUGCAUGAGAUGGAUAGAGACCGUGAAGGCAUGGCCCCAAAUGAUGAGAGACAAUACGAGGACUUCCUGGAGGACCUGGAGGAGGAUGAAGCUCUGAGGAAGAAUAUUAACAUCUACAGAGAUGCAUCCAAGGUCGCAGUGGAGAGCGACACUGACGAGGAAGGAGCACCUCGUGUUUCGCUGGCGGAGAUGCUGGAGGAGCUCAGCCUGACGGAUGCAACAGGAGAGGAUGGUGCCGAAAUGAUGACGGAGUAGCUGUCCUACUCUGUCACUAACAGGACCGCUGAUAAUACAGUCACACACAGAGCUGGAAUAACAGCAGAUUUAAUUGAAACAUCAACAACAAAUGUGUCACAGAAAAAUGAACAGCUCAUCAGACUGAUUUAAUACAACAGUUAAAUGCCAUAUAUGUGGGUUAUAAUGGCGCCACCUACUGUGGUAACAAAUAUAUUUCUGAAGUACUCUUUCUUCAUUUGUCAUGAAAUAUUUUGAAGGGAUAUGGAAAUGAGGUGCUUGUAGUUCACUAUAUCAAAAUAAAUACUUGUCCUAA